ACCUGGAAUAUUACUCAUGCAGGUGCUUUGUAUAACGAAAAGGCAAUAAUCCCUCAUCUUGUAUAACUAAUAUCCGUUGUUCCAAGAAGCGGAAUAUCUCGUCAGACAGCCAGUCGACAUGGAACUAGACGAAGUGCAAGUUGACCUGAUAAAGAAUAAACCUAAGAAACCACAGCCUGAACGGGACGUUUGGUCCAAUAGGUUUGAGUACCUGUUGGGUUUGAUCGGCUUCACCAUUGGACUAGGAAGUAUUUGGCGUUUUCCAUAUCUUUGUAUGAAAAAUGGCGGAGGUGCAUUUCUGAUCCCGUUCUUUUCCUUCACACUUCUAUGCGGGGUACCUCUCUACUUUUUGGAGUUGGCUCUGGGGCAGUUUUCCGGACGUAGUGCCAUGCUUGCAUGGUCGCUCUGUCCAUUAUUUGAGGGUAUCGGAUAUUCCGUGGCCGUGCUGGGCAUGCUGGGUGCAUGGUAUUACGGUCCGGUGGUGGCCUGGAUACUUUUAUACCUGGGCUACUCAUUCUUUCCGACACAGCCCUGGUCAACAUGUGACAACAUAUGGAACACCGAUCAGUGUGUCGUUUUAAGGGCUGGAGGUCCUGAAGGAACGAACAACUCCGGUUUGAACGAAUCUUCACAGACAUUAAAUAUGUCUGAAGGAUUCUAUCCAACAGCAGCCACCGAAUUUUGGCGAUACAAGAUACUGAACGCCUCGCCUGGUAUAGAAGACUGGGGCACCCCACAGUGGAAUCUAAUAAUUGCUUUAUUCUUCUCUUACGCAUCCAUCUUCCUUUGUAUAAUCAAAGGGGUGAAAUCCGUUGGCAAGGUUGUUUACGUCACAGCGCUUGGACCAUUCGUCAUGCUGAUUGUCAUCUUAAUCAGGAGCUUGUGUUUGGAAGGAUCGCUGGAUGGCGUCAUCAUGUAUCUGAAACCAGAUUUCUCCAAACUAAUGACUUACCAGAUUUGGCUAGAGGCUGCGCUGCAGGUAUUUUACUCGCUAGGUCCAGUUUGGGGUGGCGUGAUUACUAUGGCAAGCUACAAUAAAUUCAAAGGAAGCAUCAUGAAGGAUACAAUAAUCAUUGUUGCGGUGGACACCUUCAGCAAUUUCCUGUGUGGGCUGGUGGUUUUCUCUAUCUUGGGGUUCUUGGCCCAUGACGCCGGUGUCUCCAUCAGCGAAGUGGCGGAAUCCGGGCCCUGGUCUCGUGUUCCUUGUCUACCCAGAAGUUCUCACUCGUCUUCCUCUUCCCCAUCUCUGGGCCAUCAUCUUCUUCUUGAUGAUGUUCAUGGUUGGCCUCGACAGCCAGUUUGGGUCUCUGGAGACUUUUAUAAGUGCUCUGACGGACAUGUUUCCCAACACUCUUGGCAGACGGAAACACUGGGUUUUGAUUGUGGUGUUUAUGGUGUUCUUUUCAACCAGUAUGAUAUUUUCAACACAGGGUGGAGUGUAUAUAUUCCAGUUUAUUGAUUGGUAUUUAUCGACGUUCAUUAUAUUUCUGGUGGCGUUUCUAGAGUGCGUCAUCGCUGGAUGGAUAUAUGGUGCAGAGAGAAUGAGUCGGGAUAUCCAAUUGAUGACUGGGAGUUCAGUCUCGGCGUUCGUCAGGAUCUCCUGGGGUUUCGUCAUACCAUCUUUGAUGCUUGUUGCAGGCAUAGCGGUAGCAGUGAAGUUCGAAAGACCUGUUUACCGGGGAUAUGUGUACCCAGAUUUCCUAGGAAUCGUUGGUAUGUUCGUUGCCGUGUUGCUUGUGUUGCCGAUUCCAUUUGUUAUGAUAAAACGGUUAAUGGAAACACCUGGAUCGUUCAUACAGCGACUUAGAGCAUCGUUGGUCCCUCGUCCGAGUUGGCGGCCGCGUGAGGAAGGAAUGACCUACAUGAAGUACGAAUACAACGGCAGUAUUUGGCAAAAGAUCAAGACAAAUAUGAUAGGUGCCAAUGAGUAGUCUUAGCUGACAUGUUUUCUAAGUUAUAUAAGAUUUUUUUAUAUAUGAUGAUAACUUAUGAACUACAAACACUUUUUUGAAAAAAGCAUUGUGUUUGUAUGUAUUUUUUUGUAAAUAUACAUUACAAUAUACUGUCUAUAAUGAAAGUAGCUCCAAUAAACUAUAAAUGAAAAUAUAGAAAGAAGUUGUAUCUUUUUUGUUGUCAAGUCACUUAUUUACUGUCGUUUUUAUAUCUUCAUUUUGUAAAGUGUACCUUUCCUGAGACAUCGAAUAAAAAGCAAUACACUAACUUAUGCAGAAAUCUGAAAUUUGAAAAAGAAAUGAAAUU